AGAACUUGCCAAAUCGCGGCUCUCCGUAAGCUGCACGUGCUUGGAGCCAUCGACCUUAUCAAAGAAUGAGUGAAGCAAUACCAUUCAGCACAUUCAGCACGAGAUUCAUCGAUUGCGGUCGACUAGCACCCCAUGAAAUUCCAUGUCAAGAUUCGCCCUUGGUGGUGCAACCAGUACGUGCGUAUCAAAGGGAAGGAAGAUUUAUUCUUACAAGACGCGGCUUCUGUAGCCUCCUAUCCUGCUGUGUUACUUUAUGCAUCAUCUUCGGAUGGCGAGGGCUCAAAAGCUAACCGUGCUGGAAAAAUGCGACUGGCUGAUUACUCAUUGGGACCAUGUGUUACGAAGGCGAGACACGGUGAUGAUCUUGGCUUCCGGAAUGGCAAUGUUCCUUGGUCUCUUUCAGUUCAACGAAGAGCUGGGUACAUGCUGAGGAACGGGAAGAAACCACAGAAACGGAUUCGCAAGACAUCUGGAAUCCUGGAUGAUACAAUGUACUGCUCAUAUCGAAGCCUGUAUUACGUUGUCAACUUGUCUACAGCUACCAUUUGGUCGAAGCACACAGCUCAUCCGAGUCACAGCCGCUGCCGGAAAGAAGAAAAGUGCCUCGUCAGAUCACACGGCCAAAAAUCAAUCUUCCGUACUCUAGAAAGCAAGUCACAUAAAGCAUGAUUCUCAUAGACCGGAGGGUUAUAUAGCCGAAAGGGCAUUGGAGCCGAACAGCUAGUCGAACCGAACCUCGACUUGAAUUAGAUGCAGAUCAGGCGCUCGGCGUUCAGGCGACAAAUAGACGGAGGGGCAAUGGUAUUAAUAGAAAGCCCAUCGCCUGCCAAUGCCAUCG